UAUAAAGGGAGAAAUUUACUAUUUUAAUUAAUUCCAAUGGCAUGCGCUCAGCAUGUGCGUGAUUCAUGUUCGGGGACUUUACUGCUCUACGCGGAUACCCGUAAAAGGAUCUCAAUUAAGAACCGACCCUCGUUCAACUCCUAAUCUGCCCGCUCACUGUUUUUCACUCCGCAAUCCAUGAACAGAAUUACAGAUCCGAUCUCAAUACAUCUUGCUCCUGAAACCAUUGUAAUACUCCAUCCGCACACCCUUUUGGAAUCUGAACUCCACUGCAAAUCCUUUCUCGCCUGUAAAUAGGUACAAUAUAGCUACACAAUGCCAUCUUUUUUGCACCAAAGGACUCUCCAAACUACGCUUUCCGAUCCAUACCACCCAUUAUCACCACCCUAUUCCUCCAAUUCCCAAAGGCAAAUUUCAAUUUUUAGCCGCACUGGCCUCAUAGUUUUGUUCUCUCUUAUGCUAAUUCUGGGAGUAUUCAUGCCGUGGACGGGGAUGCCCCAGGGUAUCUUCUCGGUGACUAAACCCUCUCUUAGCAAAUGGCGUCAGUACACUCUGGCCCAAGCUGUGUCUUUUGUGGCCAAGAAUGGGACUGUGAUUGUUUGUGCAGUUAGCCAGCCUUACUUGCCCUUCCUUAACAACUGGUUGAUUAGUAUUGUAAGGCAAAAGCAUCAAGACAAGGUCCUUGUCAUUGCUGAAGAUUAUGCAACGCUUUAUAAGGUCAAUGAGAAGUGGCCUGGCCAUGCUGUACUUGUUCCGCCAGCUCCUGAUUCCCAAACUGCCCAUAAAUUUGGUUCUCAGGGAUUCUUUAAUUUCACAUCCCGAAGGCCUCGUCACCUGCUGCAUAUUUUGGAGCUUGGGUAUAAUGUAAUGUACAAUGAUGUUGAUAUGGUCUGGUUAGGAGAUCCCUUUCCCUAUUUGCUGGGAAAGCAUGAUGUGUACUUCACCGACGACAUGGCUGCGGUGAAGCCUCUGAACCACUCCCAUGAUUUACCACCUCCAGGUAAAAAGGGGCGCACUUAUAUAUGCAGUUGCAUGAUUUUCCUGCGCCCUACCGAUGGAGCAAAACUAGUUAUGAAGAAGUGGAUUGAGGAACUUCAAGCUCAGCCAUGGUCUAGAGCAAAGAAAUCAAAUGAUCAACCUGCUUUCAACUGGGCAUUAAACAAAACUGCUGGACAGGUGGACCUGUACCUGCUGCCACAGGCAGCAUUCGCAACGGGAGGUUUGUACUUCAAGAACCAGACAUGGGUGCAGGAAACAAAUGGAAAGCAUGUAAUCAUUCACAACAAUUACAUCACAGGCUUUGAGAAGAAGAUAAAGCGGUUUCAUGAUUUUGGCCUGUGGUUGGUGGAUGAUCACUCUCAAGAGUCCCCACUUGGCAAAUUAUGAUGAGUUGUUUUACCUACGAGCUAUUUCUGGAGUUGCUGCAACCCUGCAGAAAUGCUACUUACAAAUUGGAUUCUUGCCCUUAAUCAACUGCCAGUAAUGGAAUAGAGCUGAAGAGUAUGGAGCAUUAAGCAAUAUGGUGUUUAUUUCUUGCUUUUUUAGGUUUAUGGCAGAGGAUUUUUCUGGGUGCAAGGUCAUGGCUGGGUUGAUUAGCAAAGGUUUAUCUGUUUUAUGGAAAUGACAUGGUUUGAUAUUCCUUCUCCCCCAUGGAAUUCAUUACAUAAUGGAACUGCAAAAGGAUGCUUGUCAUUUUGUUGAAAUGCAAUUCCCUAUUUGGACAA